UCAAAAUGGCGCCCUGAUACAAGUUUUUCGUCUGCUGCUGCUGCUUAUGGAUUUUCGUCAAAUUCUCGUCUUAGCAACUAACCGCUCAGAAGAUACAUAAUUUUCCUCGUAAAGUGAAUCAUUGUGCGUCAGGCAACAUUCUAUAAACGGCCAUUCAAGACACUGGGCGGCAGCGCUCGUUGAUUUUUUUCUCGACGCAGCAAUUCUCGAAGACUUACUUCCGGGUUUGUCAGACCGCCCAAAAUGUCGACAGACAUGCAGGUUUUCGUGCGGUUCAACUCUCACCACAGCUUCCCGGUGGACGUGGACUCGUCCUGGAGCGUCGGGCGGCUGAAGGAGGUGCUGGCGGCACGACAACAGGUCCCGCCCGCCGAGAUCAGGAUCAUCUUCGCGGGGAGGGAGCUCAGGGAUUCCUUCAUCAUUGGGGAGUGUGACCUGGCCAGUCACAGUAUUGUCCAUGUGGUCAGAGGCCGUCCACAGCUCUCUGUAGAAGCUCAGGUUUCCUCCAGUACCCCUGAAGAGCCUCAGUCUCUCACCAGGGUGGACCUGAACGAACCAGAAGAUGGUGCCUCGGCAUCUAGCACCACACAGGGGGCAGCCCGCAGACUUCCUCACUUCUUUGUGUACUGUAAGCAGCAGUGUAAGGACGUCCAGCCUGGGAAACUCAGGGUCAGGUGUGCUACCUGCAGACAGGGAACUCUCACUCUCAACAGGGGCCCUGGCAGUUGGGAUGAUGUGCUGUUACCAGGGCGGAUCCAGGGGAGAUGUCAAUCACAGGGUUGCCAAGGAACUGUCGCUGAGUUCUACUUUAAGUGUGCUGCCCACCCUACACUGGAGGAGGAUACUGCAGUGGCCCUGUACAUGAUCAAGAGUAACACCCAGGACGUACCAUGUAUGGCGUGUGUGGAAGUCAGCACUCCACUGAUAGUGUUUGAGUGUGAAGACGCCCACACCUCAUGCUUGGACUGUUUCAACACCUACUGUACCACCAGGCUGAAUGACAGACAGUUUGUCCAAGAUGCUACUUUGGGGUACACCCUGCCCUGUCCAGCUGAGUGUGAGGAUUCCCUGAUCAAAGAAGUUCAUCAUUUUAGAGUCCUGGGAGAUGAACAGUAUGACCGUUACCAGAGGUUUGGAACAGAGGAGUGUGUUCUGCAGAUGGGCGGGGUCCUGUGCCCAGGGCGGGGCUGUGGGGCGGGGCUGCUGCCUGAGGGGGACACCAGGAGGGUGGAGUGUGUGAGACAGGGAGCACAGGGGUGUGGGUUUGUUUUCUGCAAAGACUGCCUUGAACCCUUCCACCAGGGGGAGUGCAGGCCACAGAUGGAACAGCCUUUUGGAGCAGAGAAUAGGUAUGCAGUAGACCCUGAGAGUGCCUUGAGGUCUCGCUGGGAGCGAGAGUCAGAGGAGACUGUCAGUAGAACCACCAAACCCUGUCCUAACUGCAAGGUACCUGUGGAAAAAAAUGGUGGAUGUAUGCACAUGACGUGCCCCCGGGCACAGUGCCGGUACGAGUGGUGCUGGCUGUGUGAGACCGCCUGGAACAGAGACUGCCAGGGAGACCACUGGUUCGGCUGAGCCAAUCAGGAGACCUCUACUAUCCCUGUUAGGCUGCUAAAACUUAUCAAAGAGGGAUAAAAUCAGGGUAGCAAACUAGAGCUAAAAAUGGUAAAAUAGGACAGAUUCUGGGCUACACCUUGGUGGAGAAUGUUCAGGAGUAAACUUUAAUCCUAGGAGGGUCUGAACAUGUGAAAGGGGCUCUCAUGCCAAGGCAGCCUUUUGGUAUCUAAUUUGUAUUGAUUAUGAGUUUUGUUAAAAGAGAGAAAUUUAAAUCAUCAUUGUAAAUGUAAUGCUGGUUUGUUUGAGAAAUAUAGGUCAGAGUACUAUGCAAACAAUGGUGUAGAAGUAUGUUGCCAUGAAUACAAUACAAGUGUAUAAAAAUGAAGAAAUAUCAAACAAGCUGUGUUUGAUCUAUUUGUACUGAUACAAAUACUAAUAGAGUAUGAACACCUUGAUAUUUACGAAGAUGAUUUAUUUUAUCAAAAUAGAAAGGCAUAUGUUCACUGGUACAUCUUCCUGACAUAACAUCAUUUCAGUAUGAAGCACCUGCCAAAACAACAGAGCUAAACUGAACUGUAUGAAACUUGUGGAAGGUCAAUAUCUGAUGCAAACAGUAUAAAAUACUAAAUAUUAGUAUACAACAUUAACUGUAACACAAGAUCCAUAUCUUGUACUUUGAUAGACAUAACAUAUUAUGAGACAAUAGAAAAUAUGUAUCAAGGAUACCAAGGGAAUGUAGAAUAGUCCAAAUUACACUUUCAUCUGCAUUGUGUGUACAAAAAGCACAUAAAACCUUUUCUGGCCAUGCGUCCGGUGUGGAGGUAUGACUUUGAGCUGCCUAGCAUAGACGAAUAUUUGUGCUUCCCAUGAACAAAGAAUGGAUUUGGUUUGACAUGUUGGUAAAGUUAUGGUACUAUAAUUAUAUGGUCACCUUUUGGUUCAGGUACAAUAACCUGUUGUGAGAAAUUUACACAUCUCUUUUGAAGGGUUAGCCUUGCUGCCCUCUGAUUUGUAACGGCUCCUUGCCCUCACUCGUAUUCAUGUAUUCUCAAAAAUAAAUUAUGUGGAAUUUUGGAAGUCAUAUCGUUCAUAAACUGUACACAUCACAAAAUUGUAUGUUUGGUAUUAUGAAUUUCCAUAAAGUAGUAUGUGUAGUUAUUUAUCUUAGAGUGUGCUAGAAGUACGCCCUAUUUAUAAUCUCCAAGCAGUGAGGGUUCAACUCAUUCUAUGCCUGUUUCUGCAACAUUUAGUACUCGUUUCUAGUAUGGUAUUGUAUUUUAACAGUUUGUGCAAAACAUGAAAAAAGAGCCUCUGCAAGACUCCCGGGUUGCUAUAAAAAUAGUAGAAACUCACCAAAUAGUCUGAACAAUAUGCCAGAGACGUUAGCUGGCUAGUUUGCAACCUACAGAGGGUGGUGAAAAA